AUGAAACCAUCAUUAAUAUCCUUACAAACUUUCAAACCAAGUUUGCCAGCUCAACCUGCCAAACUCUUCCAAAUACCCAAAUUAUCAUCCAUAUCCACUAAAGACUUACCAAAUAAUGGUUUCGGUAAAGGUACCUAUUUCUUCUCAAAGACUAAAUUCGGACAUUGGAGAGUUUAUAAAAAAGUCCAAAACACUAAAAUAACCACUGAAUUAACACAAAUCAAAGGUGAUGUUUUAUCAUUGAAACAUGAUUUAAUCAAAAUUGCCAAAUUAAAUCCUAAAACUGUCACUGCCAACCCAACUACAGGAAUUAUCAAUAUCAAAGGUGAUGUGGUUGAUGAAAUAAAACAGUUAUUUAAUGGGAUUAAUUAG